AUGUCUAAAGAAUGCUUCACUUAUUUACUUGAAAAAUUAAAACCAGAUCUAACCAAAAAAAUUACAAGAUUUCAAAAGCCUAUAUCUCCCAUCGAACGAUUAGCAGUCUGCCUCAGGUUCCUGGCUACUGGGGAUUCGUUUAAAACUAUUUCGUUCAGUUUUCGAUUGGGCCAUUCAACUGUGGCCGAAAUCGUGCAUAGCACAUGUCGCUCUAUCGUUAAAAGACUUAAGAAAGACGUUAUGCCACAACCAACAGAAGAAAUGUGGCGUAAAACUGCUGAAGAUUUUGAAAAGCUUAGAGGAUUUCCAAAUUGUAUCGGCGCAUUGGAUGGAAAACAUUUUGUUAUUGAAGCCCCAGCCAAUAGUGGUUCUAUAUAUUUUAAUUAUAAACACACAUUCUCAAUUGUUUUAUUGGCGUUAGUGGACGCAUGUUACAAAUUUAUUGCAGUUGAUAUUGGCGCUUACGGACGAAACAGUGAUGGUGGCAUUCUCGCACAAUGUAAUCUUGGAAAACGUUUAGAAAAUGGGACGCUUCGUGUACCUAUGGGUAAAAAUUUACCCGGUUCCUCUACAUUUGCACCAUAUGUAAUAGUUGGUGAUGAAGCUUUUCCUUUGAAAACAUACCUAAUGCGUCCGUAUCCAGGACACCAAACAACAGAUGAUGCUAAUAAAACGAAUUUCAAUCAUAGACUGUCAUUAGCCCGACGACUAGUUGAAAAUGCAUUUGGUAUUUUGACACAAAGAUUUAGAAUAUUUCAAAGAAGAAUAAAACUUGCUCCAAAAAAUGUUGAUUAUAUUAUUCUAUCUACAUGCGUACUGCAUAAUUAUUUAUGUGAACAAAAAGAUAACACAGGGCUUGUCAAUCAUAGUGCACAAAAUGCGCAACCGCAUUUAUUAAAUUCAUUGAACGUUCAACCAGGAAGGCCAGCUAAUGAUGCAUUUGCGGUAAGAGAAACGUUUAAAGAAUAUUUAGCGUCAACAGCGGGACGUAAUUUAAUAAGGCAAUAG